AUGAUGAUGAUGCGCCGUGUGUUGUGUGUGUUGGCCGUUGUGCUGUGCUGUUCCUGCGGGUAUACCAUGACGGCUGCUGCUCAGAACUCGCUGCCGGAGGGAAGAGGGGCGCAAGGUGGGGCUGUUAAUAAUAAUAGGGGUAUAUAUCAUCCUGGUGUGUCGGAUCUUGACGUUAUUUAUGACGUUUUAAAGUUGAACAAAACUGAAGUUCAACUCCAACAAAAAGAACUGUCUGAGAAACGUCGUGCAGCUGCAAAGGGACCAAAACUUGAUGUGACUUUACAGAUGAAAGCAGAUGGACUUGGUGCCGGUGGUGUUGAUUCGGAGUGCCGUACUGGUACUACUGAUACUCACGGUAAAUGUAGUGGUACUGAAGUACCGCGGACGGGGGAAAACGAAAAGAAAGGUUGGGAUGUAUCGAAUGAAGAUAUUACUGAAAGGGAUAAUACAAAAAAGAGGUAUUAUCAUCCCGGUGUGUCGGAUCUAGAUGCCAUUUAUCACGUUUUAAAUCUGACAAAAGAUGACAUAAAACGCGAAAGAGAUGCCGAUGUCGCGAGACAGAGUGGUAGUGUCAGACAGGUUACCGUUGGCGCUGGUCAUGUUACUGGCACUGGAUCAAAACCCGGUGGGACUUUACAGACGAAGGAAGAGGAUGUUCAUCAUCAUGGCACGUCUCUUGGAGAGGGACAGCUGGAAACACAAAAUAGACAUGAAAGACAGGAGUUAGGGGAUCCUGAAAGUGCACUUCAACAGACGAAGGACACACGGGAGAAUGAAAACCUGGUUCAAGAAGACCGUGAGGUGGCCCGCCCAUCAGUACCUGCUGUAGGUGAGCCAGAGUCAAUUCCUGUUGUAACUACAUCUAAAGAUCCUUCACCUACAGAAGGCGCAGAGUCACACAGUGCACCAGAAGGUACACCAGAAUCAGAAAGAACUGAAAAUCCACCAACAGGGGAACACUCAACUGAAGAGGUUGAUACCAAUCAAACAAACCCACAAUCACAGUCUGAAAGUACCCCAACAACUUCACAAGAAACAAAUACCACUACUCCACCGAGCACCGAGAACACUACCACAGAAGCACCAACUGAAACACCAUCUCCUGUACCCAAUCCAGAGAUCAACACUUUUGCCUCCACUGUGCAGAAGAAUAAGGGUAAUGUUGACAGCAGUCUCAGCCCUGUGUGGAUGCGCACUGCAGCACCGCUGCUGAUUGUGGCUGUGUUGUUCUCCGCUACUGUGUACUAA